GAACACUGUUUACUUGACAAAUCUGUUUCGUAAUUUUGUUAGCAGACAUCCUCAGAUUUAUCGGGUCGCUAUUGUAUUCUCCUUCCAUUCGAAUCAAAAGUUUUAAUUUACAUGCCAAUGCAUAUUUUUUGGGAACUGCAUAUAUGAUUCUUUUAAUAUUUCCCAUGCUCACAGAUUUAUUACCGUGCAUUGGUUGUAGGCGUUAACUGAAGAUAUGGGAUCUCGACGAAAAAUUAUUUUGGGACCUCUGAUUGUUUUUAUUGUGACAUUAGUGCAGUCGAUAAAUGCAAAUGUUCCUUAUGAUAUUAUCCUUGAUGAAAAUGCAAAGAGAAUACAUCAGAUUGACUGUUUAAAUAUCUUGGUGUAUGUUAUUUUACUCAUUCUUACCGUGUGCACAAUCUGGUUUUUCAAACGUCGGCGAGUGAGGUUUUUGCAUGAAACUGGAUUAGCAAUCUUUUAUGGAUUAAUAGUAGGAGCUAUUAUUCGCUAUGGUGGUGAAGAUUAUGAAGUUGAGCAUAUACGUGUUGUUCCUGCCAGGGGUUAUGGAAAAAACUUGAGCUUUCCACCUGAUAAUUUGUACUUUCAGAUGCAAGUUUCUAAACAGUCGACAACAGGUACAGGGACAAAGAAGGAAAAUAAAACAUAUGCUUAUGCAUUUCGAGGAGAAAUUACUGAUGUCGAUAAUAGGAAACUUGAUCAGAAAGCAACAUUUGAUCCAGAAAUAUUUUUCAACAUCAUUUUACCACCAAUUAUUUUUAAUGCUGGAUACAGCUUAAAACGUAAAUUCUUCUUUAGAAAUCUGGGAACCAUUUUUACCUAUGCUUUUCUUGGUACUACUAUAUCUUGUUUUAUGGUUGGGGGAGUGAUGUUUGCAUUCUGCCAACUUAUGCCAAGUUUAGAAUUCACUUUUAACGAUUGUUUAUAUUUUGGUGCCAUGAUUUCGGCUACUGAUCCAGUUACUGUAUUAGCAAUUUUUCAUGAUCUGCACGUUGAUGUCAAUCUGUAUGCACUGGUGUUUGGCGAAAGUAUUUUGAAUGAUGCUAUUGCCAUUGUUUUAGCUGGAUCAAUUGGAAAUUAUGCUGAGAUGUAUGGUAAGGGAGAAGAUGGUUUUCAGUCUACAGCUGCAUUUAAAUCUGUGGGAAAUUUUGUUUACAUCUUUGUUUGCUCUUUUCUGAUUGGAUCUGGAACUGGAUGCCUGACGGCUGCUUUAACUAAAUUUACUCGAUUGUGUGAUUUUCCUUUGCUGGAAUCUAGUCUUUUUGUUUUGAUGUCAUACAGUACUUUCCUGAUGGCAGAAGCUGCUGAUUUAACUGGUAUUGUUGCUGUUUUAUUUUGUGGAAUAUGUCAAGCUCAUUAUACUUACAAUAAUUUAACAGUUGAAUCAAGGGCAAGAACAAAACAGAUAUUUGAAUUGCUGAGUUUUGUAGCAGAAAACUUCAUAUUUUGCUACAUUGGAGUUUCUAUGUUCACUUAUCAGAAGCAUUUUUGGCAUGUAGGAUUUAUAGUAACAGCCUUUAUUGCGAUUGCUGUGGGUAGAGCUUUAAAUAUUUAUCCACUUUCUUUACUCCUGAAUUUGGGGCGCCAUAACAAAAUUCCUUUGAGUUUUCAACAUGUUCUGUUUUUCUCUGGUCUGCGAGGAGCAAUGGCUUUCGCAUUAGCCAUUCGCAAUACAUUAUCAGAUCAGAGACAUCUUAUGUUGACUACCACAUCAGUGAUAGCCAUUGUGACUGUCAUUGUUUGUGGUGGCUUCUCUACACAAUUGCUUGCUUGGCUUGGCAUACCAGUUGGAGUUGAAGAGGAUCAUGAAAUGCUUCAGUUUGGAAGUCUUAGAACGAAUUAUAAGACUAUUGAACCAGUCAUGACUUCAGCAGUGACUACACCUACAGAUUUGCGAAGUCCACCUGCUGUGCAAGUCUCGAAAACACCAUAUGAAAAGGCAUGGUUGGUCAAAAAGUGGUACAAUUUUGAUAUGCGCUAUAUGAAGCCCCUUUUGACACAUAGUCGACCCACUUUAUUAGAGACACUGCCAUCCUGUUGCCAUUCUAUAGCAAGAAUACUUACUAGCACACAGCAGCUCUCUAGCGACGAUAACAACAAAGGAGAUGAUGAAGACUCGGAUGCAGAUCUGUGUCUAGAUGAGACUGUGCCGUAUGGAGACCGUUCAAAUGGACAUCCAGGCAUAUCAACGGUUGAACUGGAAUUUCCAAUAAUGUGCUCAUCCAAAGAAAUUGGGGGGCCUCCACAAUAGAAGGUGAAUUGGGACUUGCCAGUCGUCUUGCAGAAAUUCCGAAUUCUAGAGUUCGAAUUCCUGGACCUUCAGGAGAUUUUGUUUGAUUCACCAAACACAUUGCAUUACUUAUAUAUCCAAUGAACCCUCUGUGAAGGAUGCAUGUUCUUUUGUACUAUAGCCAAAGGCAACCAAUUUUUUUUUCUUUCUGUCAAAUGUGGUUGUGCACAAAUAUCAGCAAUCAAAAUGCCAGUAUGAUUUGUACUUAAAGCACAGUCCCUUUUUUUUCCUCGUCUUUUUUUAAAGCCUUCUUCAAAUGCCUUUUUUUUUUUUACAAAUGUAAAACAUUUUUUCGCUCUCGAUAUGCAAAGUUAAUCUUAUACUGCGUGUUUUCUCAUUUAUAUGUAUAUAGAUGUGUGGCUUAGACUUUUCAUACUCUGUAAUAUAAUCUGAUUUUGUAUUCUUGUCUCUUGUAUAUUAUGACACUUGAAUAAUUGGUGUGUAUUUGUCUUUUCUGUGCAUAUUUUUACAAAUAGAAUUCCAUAAGUUUUACAGACAGUAUUAUGUUAUUCUGACUCCCAAUUACAUUUCUCCCUUUGACCAACUUUAGUUGUACACUUUACUUCCCUUCUCCCCUCAAAAAAUUAGACACCCAUUUAAAAAAAAAAAAAAAAUUGAAGAAUCUAUUAUUUUGUAGCUAUUUAAAUUGAAAUGCUCUGAGGUUUUUGUCUAAAAUAGCAAAAUAAUCAGCCAGAUUAAGAAUGAAUCUUCUUUCAACUGGGCAUUACUAUUCAAUAUAGGAAGAUUAUUCUCGUAAUUUACAAAAGGUGUACUGCAAGAAAAUAUUUAAAGAAAUGUUUACAGCUUGCAGUCUGGAACAACUCUGAGAAUGUUACCACUUGCAACUUUCUCAUCAGUCAUCGAUCAUUUAUUGCAUUUAAAAAUGUGUCUGCACUCAUGCAGCUAAAAAUAAAUUACUUAACUUGAUGUUUGGCAUAUUCAUGCUGCCCUCUGUCUUUUGGAAAAUAACUAAAUGUGACUAACUGAAUUUCUAUAUUUAUUCAUUUCUAAAAAUAUGGAAGUAAACAAAACUUCACUGAUAUUAUUUUAUUACAUAAAUUAAGCCUACUAAUUAAAUGAAUCUGAUUGUAGAAUGAGUUGUAUUUCUUUCCAAGCAGCUCCCUCCCCUUUCCAUAUGCAAUAUAUAUAUUUUCUGAUUAAAUUUUGUCUCUACCUUUCUUAUUUAACCAAAUAUUAAUGUUUUAGUUUAUUUAAAUAAUUUUUAAUGCUACUUAAUUGCUGUAAAUAAACUUAUUCUAAAAAUGAAAAAGUGGAAUAUAAGAUGGUCAUCUAACUUGCCAGUUUUAAUUAGGAACUUUAGCUGUCAAGCACAUAUAUAUUAAAAAAAUGUAUAUAACCUAUUAUCUAAAUCUAAUUUACCCAAACUUAACUUCGUUUUUUUCUUACUUUGGAGGAAAUUAAUUAGACAACUAAAGAUGGAUAAAGGGAGUGAUGCUUUUAUCAAUUUAUACUAUUUCUAUGACAAAAGGAAGCAGUGUUGUUAUUUGAAGUUUAAUGUUGGAUAGAAUAUUGUUUUUUAACAAAAUUAACUUAUAAGAAGCAUGUUUUGAAUUUAUCUUAAUGUCAAUUAAAAGAAAUUUUUCUCAAUGUUUCCCCUUUCUUUUAUCUAGUUAAAAUUUGAGAUAUGACACUUUUUAAAGAUUGAAUUUUUCAAGUGCCAUUAUUAAUUUGUUCUUGUAUAUUUUAUUGAUUUAUUUUUUAAAAUUCCACACUACCUUUUCUGUGUGAGUGUUUUAAGGCUUAAUGUAUUAAUGAUUGGUGCAAUGUAAAUUUUUACUAAGCCUGAAGCUGUGCAUUGAAUUCUAUGUGUUAAUUAUUUAUUGUUAUAAUUUAUAAAUUUCUAUAAAAUUGGUUCUUUGUUUUCAGUUUUGAUUCAUUUAUUCAACACUGUGAUAUGUUUAUUACUAUUUCUUUAUUUAUGAUUAGAUUAUUCUAGGUAUUUCAUUUAGUUCGUAAUGAAACUAAAUUCUAAAAAUAACCUAAAUUAACAAUGGAUGUUGCUAUUUAUUUUUGAAUCAAAUUGCUUAUUAUUAAAAGGCAUACUAUUUUAAAAUUGAAAUAUAUAUUUUCAAAAGUCCAUGUUAUAUCAAAAUUUUACUAUGAAUUACGUUUCCAAAAAUAUGUUUUUCUAAAUUAUUCAAAAAAUUUGCAGUCUUUUUAUUACAAAUUUUAAUUGAAUGAAUGAAAAUAUUUACUUACUGGGGCUGAAAUUUUGAUUUGAUUUUUACUUUAAAUUAGUAAAUUCCUUAUUUUAUCAACAGUCAUAUUUAUAUUUUGAAAGUUACUCCUCAAUUUUUGUAUAUUGUCUAAGAAAAGCUUUUAUUAAAAUUAUGCUUAUUUAUUUUAUAAAAAAUUUUUAAAAAAAGUUUGAAAUGCUGUAAAAUAACAAUUCACAGUAAAUUAUUCGUUAUUUUACAAUUAGUGAAAAAUGUUACUUUACUUUAUCAUUACUAUUUCAAUAUAUUUUCAGGAAUUAGUUAUUAUCCUACUUUUAUUUUCAUAGUUGUGAUCAUUUUUACUAUAUCCACAUUUCACUGUAUAAUAUUGCAUGUAUAAAUUGAAUUGUAUUGUAUAUAUAACAGUUAUGACUAAUUUCCAGAAUUUAAAUUAGUUUUUCUUAAAAUACACAUCUGUAACAAAUUUAUGAUUUUAUAUGUUAUGAUAUACACCAAAAAAAUUUAUUUCCUUUUUGGAAUUUGCAGUCCAUAUGAAAUUAAUAAUAUUAUUUCAAAUGUUGGCAAAUGCCAUUUAGAGAAUUUUUUCAGUAAGGAUUUUCUAAAAAUUUCCAUUCUGACUGUGAUUAAACAGUAAACAAAUAAUUUCCCGUGUGUUUUAAAUGCUGUGUAAAAUAUAUAUCAGCAACUGCAUUCAAAUUAGAUUAUUGUAAAAAUUAAACUCUUAUAUAUAAGGACUAAUGUAUUUUAUCAUUUUUAUAUUUGCGUGAGUUACGAUUGUUGUAUGAAAUGGACUUAUAAUCAAUGUCUGAUAAAUAUAUAUCCUAUAAUCUUGCUAAUGUUACAGUACGGAGCAGAAAUUGAUUUACAAUAUUCAAAGGGGGAAAAAAUGUUUAUGAAGAUUUGUAAUUAUUUACUAAAUAUAUGUUUUAAUUUGCUUAUAGAUAAAGACAUUUUUUUGUAUAUUUAUUAAUUAAUUUAUAUAUUUUAUCUGGAAAGCUAGCAUAUGAGACUAGUUUAUUAUGAUUUUUAAUUUACGAAAUGUUUUAAAUUUGAAUGCUACUGAAUGGUUUAAGGAACUAGUAUAAUAGAAGCUGGCUUUGUAUUCCUUGAUUACAUAUCAGUACUCCUAUAUUAUGUAUUGUACAUUUUAUGUGUUAGAUCAGUGGUUUCCAACUUUUUUUUUUAUUAUGUGAUUAUGAUGCUAAUUGUAUGCUAGUAACUAAUAUAUCUGUUACUUUUUCAUAUCUGGAAAUGUUAGGCUAUAAACAGUCUAAAAUAAAUUCUCAGCUUUUUUGAUGAUAUUAAAAUAGAAAUCAGAGGAUGCAAAAUAAUUCUUUCAGCAUCAAUGUGUUAUCAGUAUUUUUUUAGAACAAUAAUUACUAUUUUCGUCAUUUAACAAUUGUAAAUUUUGAAAUUUUUUUUUCUUGUCAAGAAUUAAUAAUCUAAUUUUUAUAAAGCUAAAGAAUUCUUUCUUUUAUUUUGGGAUGUGUGGGAAUUGUAUGACAUUAAAUUUCUAAAUAUUAUAUUGUGUAUUUAUAAUGUAAAUUGGAAGUCAUCAAUAACACCUUUAUUACCAUCAAUAACACCUUCAUCUGAUACACCCAUAUUUUAAAAAAAAUAUCUGCUGUAAUAUAGAUUGAUUUUGUCUAACUUUCUAAAUCAAUUUCUUUUUAUCUUUGUUUGUUUCCAGCUUAAUUCAUCAGAAUGCACCUUAAUAACUUAAUUGAAAGUUAUACAGUUAAGAUUACAAAAACUUUUAUAAAGUCAAUAAAAUUUGUCCAGAAUCCAAGUUAACUUAUAAAUGUGUUUAAGAUGUGUAAAUAAUGUAAAAUGAUUUCGUAAAUUGAUGUUUUCGGUGAACACAAUUGAACAUAAAUGCACUAAAAGAAGACUGAUAGUUAUCCAAGCUGAUUUCUAUCAUAUUCAAUUGAUUCUUUUAUUUUUUUUUAUUUCGGGGAAAGAUGCACUCAAAUUGGAACACGUUGUGAAUAAUGAAUAAUAUAAGAAUUUUUUGAUAGUUUUGAACUAAACAUUGCAAAUUAGUUCUAACAAUAAUUAUAAAAUUGGGCAAGAAAUGUUAUGUUCUGCAAAAAGGGAACAGAUGCAAUAGUUUUUGUGUCACUUAAUUGGAAAAGCAAUGUAACUAUAUUUUAUUUAAUUUUGAAAUUUAUGUCUUGUAAGAUUUUAGUUUAUAAUCUUAUCUCUUACUACUGUUACUCAUCAAACUUUUGCUUAUUUUUUUAGCAUAUCCAGGGGUGUUUGUGCUCCGGGGAAACCCCGGAAUUCCGGGGAUUUUGAACUUCGAUACCCGGAAAUUCCGGGGAUCGUCGUUCAAAAGGAAGUAGGAAUAAUAAUGAAUUAUUUAUUUUGAUCUGGGUAAUUUUGUUUGCUUUGAAAGCAGAAAACGCAAGGUCAGUGUGUGUGGUGAAAACUUUUCCUUUCUUUCUCCAAAGGCAGUGAUAAUACGUGAAAAGGGGGAAAAAACUUCUUUUUUGUUCUUUCCCUAUUGCGAGUUGACUCAUUCCCCCGGUUCUCGGACAUUCUCUUCUGGAUUCUUUUCGGCAAGUAGGCGCGGCAGAAAAAAAAAGGGAGAGACUUCGUUCGACCAGAUGUGCGAUCACGUGACCUGGGUUCAAAGGUCUUAAUUUUGCAAAAUUAAUGGUUAUUAAUUUUGCAAAAAAAGUAAUUCAUUGAACUUUUAUAAUUAGGUCAUUCAAUACUUCAUAAUUGUAAUUUUUCAUUUCUCCCCCCCCCCUCUCGAAACUCCAAAAUGUCGGUAGUAAGUCCGUAAAAGUUUCAGGGGAUUUUUUGGGGUCCCACAAACACCCCUGCAUAUCACAGGUUGGGAAUCACUGUAUUAGAAUAAUUUUUGUUUAUUAUGUAAUAUAUGUACUAUUUAGUCAUUGGAAACUAUCAAAAAUUGGUACACAUUUCAGUAUUGUUCCAAAUUUAUAGAUUUUUUUUUUUUUUGAAAGUAACAUUUCACUGGUUUUAUUUCUAUUGAGUGAUUUCAGAAGCAGCUUUCAGUGAAUUGGCACAUAUUCAAAGAUUGGAGUAAUGACAUGGAUCAAUCUUGAAAGAAGAUUUUAAUGAAUUAUACGUAUUAAAUAUUUUUCAAUUGGACAGCUAUUAAAUUUUGGUGCAGUUAACUUCCAAGUGAAUUGACAAGGAGGGCAUUGCAGCAGCUGUAUUCUUAUCAUUUGUAGAUAUUAACCAAUAGGAAAUAUGAAGCAAUCAACAGAAAAUGAUUUUAAAAAGUAAUAUUGUUUUAUAUCAAAUGAUCCAUAGCAUUAUAAGAAAAAUAAAUGAAAUGAAGAUCUGAUUUUUUAUUUCCAAUGAACUAAAACGCAACUUGUUUUGAAAUGAGUGGGCUUGCACUCUAGUCAAUGUGAACCGCAAGGGUGUUGUUACACUCUACACUUGCAGCCACAAACAUGUAACUGCUCAUGACUAAAAACAUAAUAAAGGUUUUGUUUCCAGAAA